CCCUUCCUCUCAGACUCGGCGGUUUCUGUCUUCUGUCGACUCCUCUCCGUCUCUCAGUCUCCCACGCCGUCGCAGCCAGCCAGCAGCCGGCAGUCUCCUCCAACGCGGCGGCGAGCCGGCUGACCUCUCAGUUUCUCACUCUAAUAGCAGCCCACAGUCUCCUCAAACCUCAAGGCUCACGGCUCACUCAGUGGCUAGCACAAGCGACUGGAUUCUGGGUUAACUACUUAGAACCAAACCUAAACCUUGCUUACUCCAAAACCCCCCCCAAAUACAAAUUUAGGGUUUAUCAUUUUUUGAUGAAAAAUGAAAAUGGAAGCUAAACAACCAAGUACUCUCUCAAGCUUCAUCGACCAACCAGUAGUCCCAGGUGAUGUGAUAUUGGAUCUUUCUUCACUGGCUAACCAAACCAUAAAGCUUGGGGGUGGCCUUCGACAGGAUUGUGAUACUGUAUCUGUCAUGAAAGCUGGGAUUUUGAGAUAUACAAAGCCAAAUAAAUACUGGGUUGAAAGCUCACAAAAAAGAUAUGUUCCUUGUGCGGGAGAUUCAGUUCUUGGAAUCGUGGUCGACACUAAACCAGAUAACUUUCUUGUAGACAUUAAAGGGUCAAUGUUGGCAUUUUUGCCCGUUCUAGCAUUUGAAGGAGGAACAAGAAGAAACAUUCCAAAAUUUGAGGCCGGAACACUGAUUUAUGCCCGUGUUGUCAAGGCCAACACCGGAAUGAACCCUGAGCUGUCAUGUAUGGAUGCCUCUGGAAAGGCUGCUGAGUUUGGUCCCCUUAAAGAGGGGUACAUGUUUGAAUCAUCAACUGGCUUAUCACGGAUACUUUUGAGUUCCCCGACCUGCCCUGUUCUUGAAGCUCUUGGCAAGAAGCUCUCUUUUGAGAUAGCAAUUGGUUUGAAUGGCCGUAAUUGGGUAAAUGCUCCCUCCCCCGCAACAACUAUCCUCGUCUCAAAUGCUAUCAUGAAUUCCGAGUCCCUGAGCGCCGUGCAGCAGAAGAUUAUGGUGGAGAAGCUGCUCCAUAGAGUGCAAUAAUGAUACACAAAUUUGGAGCUUUUAGCUCCAAAAAGUAGAAUCCAGCCUUUUCACAUUCUGCAUUCAAUUACAAGGUUUUUGUUGGUAGGGAUAGAGGGAUAUUCUGUGUUGAAUGUAAAUGAGGGAAUGUAGAGAACGUUCCUCAACCAUAUUGUCUCACCAUUUGGCAGAUUAACAACAGCUCCUUCACACGACUAUACCCAUCAAAGUAAUCCAAGGAACAAACAAUGUGUGAUCUGUGGCCUCUGUUUCAAGAAUCCAUGUAGUUGAACACUAGAAUUGUAUGCCUAGGAUAAUCAAGUGUUGGAAAUUAAUGAAAAAAAUGAGAAAACUAUGGUGACAUUUAUGUAAUUAUGAUGGUGCAUCUGGAAACAAUUAAUAAUGCAUCCAAGGAUAACUAAUAAUGUCAUCAUAUUUUUUCUU